AUGAGUCGCUGUCUUCACCUGGCUGAAGAGGUCUCCCGGGAGAACGGCACAGGCCGGUCCACGGGGCGAGAGCACACUCGACAGCCCCGGAAGCGGUGCCCUUCUCCCUGGGAUCUGCGACCGGGAGCCCCGGCCUCGCUCCUGUCGCGCUCGCUCAGUGCAGCGACGGUGCCCAGCGCUUGGGAUCCAGAGCUGAGGCCAGGACCGAGGAAGGCGACGGGGCGGACCCACAACCACUCCCGCCUCCUGCACGCACGCCACUGGCCCCCUCUCACCCCGCCAUGGUUGGCCCCCGCGCCUACAGCAAGCCGCCGGAAAUGCCUCGCCUCACUUCCGGUCAGAGGCCCCGUCCCCGGAAGCCGCGGUGCAAAACCCAGGGACCAUGGGCGCCUCCAGGCUCUAUACCCUGGUGCUGGUCCUGCAGCCUCAGCGAGUUCUCCUGGGCAUGAAAAACCGAGGCUUUGGGGCCAGCCGCUGGAAUGGCUUUGGGGGCAAAGUGCAAUAAGGAGAGACCAUCGAGGAGGGAGCCAAGAGAAAUGCGCCCACACUGGUUCCAGCUGGACCAGAUCCCCUUCAAGGACAUGUGGCCAGAUGACAGCUACUGGUCUCCACUCCUGCUUCAGAAGAAGAAAUUCCAUGGGUACUUCAAGUUCCAGGGUCAAGACACCAUCCUGGACUACACUCUCCGAGAGGUGGACGCAGUCUAGCGGGAGCCCGGGGAGCCCCUGGGCAGGAGACUUGGCUGCUGAACAGCUGCAAACUGUCUGUUCACCUGGGCGCAGCAAGUGGAUCAGAGCUAGGUUUUGUCUUUAGUGUGAUUGGACGGAAAGGAAAAUAAAAGUCUUCAUUUUUUUUUUUUU